CUUACCGUCUAAACAUAAGCGCGACUCCCUUCAGACGCGCAUGCGUUGCUCUUCAUUUCAAAAACUGGCAUGUUUCUUUGCUUGUGUGCCUGGAAACUGUACUAAAGUUGGGAAAACCUCGUAUAAUCAAAAGUAAAUUGCAAUCUAUAUAAAUAAAAAUGAAUGUAUGUCUUAUGGCUGUCCAAACCGUUUAUCCGAUUGCGAUAACAUUUUGGGAAAUGGUUGGACGUUUGUCUGCGAAGGUUUCAAUAUGAAUAGUUCGGUGGGUACGCGAGGUGAGGCGGCGCAGCCACCGAAACCGAGCGUAUGUCCCAUCCAAGGAAACGAGAUUUUCCAAAGGCAGUACGAAGGUCGCCGAAUCCUCUAGUGGAGAAUAAAAGCACAUUUACACUAGAAAAGUACACCAUUUCUUUUAUGAAAAGUAAGAAGAUAAUACAUGAUUUGUUUAUGUAUUUUCAGUUCAAAAAAUUGGAGUUUAAUGUUUAGGUUCAUCGUGCUUGGAUUGAAUCGGGGCAGACGAUCUUUAUCAGGGUCACAGCUUGCAGGUUGGUUGGUUUGCCUCUUGUUUUAGCGUGCGCUAAAGUAAUCUAUAUAAAAUUGGAACAUUAUUCCAAUAACUUUUGAAGUGCCUGACAAAAGAAGAUUAAUUACUUCCUAGGGGUGGUUAAAUUGUUUUGAAAAUGGCGCCGACCUUAAAAAAAAACGCACAUGCUUCUUGAUGGAGAGUCACGCUUAGAUGUAGAGCAGGUGUGCUGUGAUUGGAUGCGCCAUGAUGGGACAUGCGCCGAAGCGCGCUCGUCAGUCUGACAUUCGAGCAAUACUCGUAAUGGGUUUCACUUUAAUACUUGUUAAUUAACUUAUUACUUUGUUAAGUACCUAAAAUAAUUAAGGUUUAGUUAAUCGACCUUUAAGUGAAAACACCCGGAGGUUUAAAUAACGACCAAGGAAAUUCAAGCAAUGAUUUAAGCCUUUAUUUGCAUUUAUUGAUUACGUCAUUAAGCCAUUUUGUGUACUGUGAGCUUUGUUCGCAUUGUUUUUGCGAGUUCGCGAGAGGUUUUUCUUAGAAAACCAAGUUUCUUACAAGGCGUGCUUUAAAGUUUCUCCAAAAUUCCCGUGCCUACGAGAAAGUACGACACCACCGGAAUCGGUAGCGGCGGUGACAAUAUGAACAAGAGGAAAAACAGAGGGGGGCCGUUAAGAUUCUUUAACAGGCCACCUCGCGUGCGAUCGGUGGUCACCGAAGGGGUCUACAAUAACGCGCACUUCAUGCACGCCGCCACAUCGCACGUCGGAAACGUCGUUCGUAUACAAACGGCAUCGGGCAGCGUCUGGGAAGGCGUCUUCCGUACGUUCUCGUCCCAAUUCGACGUUGUCCUGGAGGUGCCCGCCAAGGUGGAGAAUCCGGAAUCGGGCAACUCGACGUUAAUACCCGACGCGGUCGCCGAUAAGCUCAUAUUCAAAACGUCCGACAUAAUAAGCAUGGUAGCUAGGGACGUCGAUUUGGAUUUCGCGACGCGCGACACCUUCCAAACCGAUACGGCGAUCUCGGCGAAGUUCAACGGCCAGCAGAAGAGCGGCGAGGAGAAGGAGCUCGAGCCGUGGGACCCGUCGUCGGGCGUCAACGGCGACGAGACCUCGCUCGAGCUCGAGCCGGGCGCGAACGGCUGGGACGCGAACGACAUGUUCAGGAAGAACGAGCAGGAUUACGGGGUGACCAGCACGUACGAUCAGUCGUUGCGCGGUUACACCGUUCAGCUGCAGCAUACAGAUUCGCCGGACUAUAGGGAACAAGAGGCCAAGGCGGAACAGAUAGCGAGCGAAAUCGAGAAUCAACCGACUUAUAAGGCAAGGCAGGAUGUGGAAAACGGCGACGAAGAGGAACGAUUUGCAGCUGUGAUAAGGCCGGUAGUACCGAAUCAAGAUGUAAGUUAUUCGAAACCAGGUCUGGAUACCACUACGAGUGGAGGCAAGUACAUACCUCCGGCAAAGAGAAAGAAUCAAACGUCCGGGAAGUUGAUGCGCAGUACACCGCCACCUUCUCAGGGCAGCAGUGCUCAAACAACACCUUCUCCUAAAAGUAAUAUGCCCCCACUCCAGUACCCCGCACAUCCCCCGCCCCCUCACACGAACGCAACGCCACCUGUUGCUCACGUACGUGAAAAUAGAGACGUUCACAUACCGCCCCAAGGUCCCAUACACUUAUCGCAAACGCCCCCGAUGAGUAUGCAACAGCACGUAAUACCGAACCACACGGCGCCGCACAUUUACAAUCCCCCCCUUCAGAGGCAACCUCCGCCCCCGAACGGGGGGUCGAAUCCGCCGAAAGCCCAGCUUAACGGCGACGCCAAACAGAUGCCGCCGAGGAACGUGCGCAACGCCUAUCCCACGCAAAACAGUAACGUUCCGAGUCCGGUGCCGCAGCCCCGACACAGGGAGGAGGUGAAGGAACUGCACAAGUUUUCGCAGGACUUCAAGCUGGCGCAGCCGCCGACGGAAUCGCUAGUUCUGCCGCCGGAGCAAAUGCCGGCGGCGGCGAACCCGCCACUGCCGUCGACGCAACCUCAACAGUCGAUUUCGCCGCCGCAGGAGAACUUGGACAAGGUCACGAGCACAUUCAAAAAGUCAACGUUAAAUCCCAACGCGAAAGAGUUUGUGUUGAAUCCGACCGCAAAACCUUUUACCCCCAGAUCUCCCAGUACACCGAGUGCGAGCAGACCUCACACGCCGCAGACGCCCAGUCACAGUCCGUAUAUACCGCAGACGGUAAGCGGUCCACCGGGUCAACCGUCGAUGCCGAUGGUUAUGGGUUACAUGCUUCCGAGUCAAGGUCAGUACCCGCCACAGGCACAUCCUCAAGGUAACAGGAUACGAAAAGUGGUUCGAUUUUCAGUUCCGAUGGGUCAAAUGCGCGCGGACAUGGCGUCGCAAAUGCAGGUCGCCGCGGCGACCGGUCAACCUUUGCUGGCGCCCGCCCCCCUACAACAGUUCGUGUAUCCAUCCAGUAUAAAUCCGCAGGCGGCCUAUCAACAAAUGCACACUUUACGCAUGUACGAAUCACCGCAGAUCCAAUACAUACCGCAGAAUCCGUCAAACGCCCCGAGUCCGGCUCAACCGCCGACCCCGUACACGCCCAACCAAGGACAUCAACCGCCCCAGCAGUACCAAGCGACCCAGCCCCCACAAGGACCCCAGUUUCAGAUUAUGUGCCCGGUGCUACCGCCACCGCACAUGAUGCCCACCAGCAUGCACUAUAUACAACAACCGCCACCUCCACAGGCACCCAUACAAGUUCUCCUACAGCAACCGCCACAUCAACCUCAACACGCCCCGGCUCCCUAGUAUUAAAUUACAAUUUUAGUUAAAUUUUAACAUCCCUCUCUCCCUUUCCCCCAUUUUCCCUCCCGUAUCCCCCUCCCAAACUACCCGCACGCCCGUACGUUUCCAUCGGGUACGCGCGCGUGACCGCGUUGUUUUAAAUCGCGAACUUCUUUUUUAGUUCCACUCGGCGCCGCGUGACCUCGGCGGCGCUUAGGCAAAACAAAAAAAACUAAUCGCAAUUCAUCAAUCGUUCAUUCCAUUUUAAGGUUACUCCUGCAUUAUUUCACUUCUAUUCACUUGUUGCCUUUUUCAUAAUGUGUAAUAAAAGCGCCCCUUGCCCCCCCUCACCUUAUUUGAAACAAUUUUAAUGACGAAAUAAUACGACAAGAGAUUUAUUUGCGAAAUUUCAAUGCAGGUGCCUUACUCUCAUUAUUACUACGACUCAUUUUUUAAGUGUAUUUACAAUCGGCACCCAUUAUUAUGGUCACCAAUUUGUUUUUGUUGUAUGUUUUAAAUUAUAUUCGCAGUAAAAAAAAAGCGUUGACGCUA